UUAUCAGAACACUGUUGAAUUUUGUAGCAUUCUUUAAUUAGUCCUUCUUGAAGACAUAUCAAUAAUAUAUAUCUGUGUGCUGUGCUAGCUGAGUAUAUAUAUAAUAUAUAUAUAUAUAUAUAUAGCAGAUACAUAUACCAUAUUGCACUUGUUGUAGUGAUGGCUCCCUUUGUUUUGUCACUCUUUUUCUUAUUCUUAAUUGGAGGUUGUGAGGGUCAGCUUCAAAUAGGUUUCUACUCCAACACAUGUCCUCAAGCAGAGUCCACUGUCCAUGCUGUUGUUAGAGAUGCUGUUUUUUCUGACUCAAACAUGCCUGCUAUUUUGCUUAGGCUUCAUUUUCAUGACUGCUUUGUUGAGGGAUGUGAUGGUUCCAUUCUGAUUGAUGAUGGUCCAGAUCCAGAGAAAGGUGCAUUUUCACAUCAAGGGGUUAGAGGGUUUGAUGUGAUAGAAAGAGCCAAGGCACAAUUGGAAGAAUCUUGUCCAGGAGUGGUUUCUUGUGCUGACAUAGUUGCAUUGGCAGCAAGAGAUGCAAUUAUCAUGGCAAAUGGACCAGCAUACCAAGUUCCAACAGGGAGGAGAGAUGGAUUGGUCUCAAAGAAAUCUCUAGCAGAUGAUAUGCCAGAUGUUAGUGAUUCAAUUCAGAUACUCAAGGCCAAGUUUUUGAACAAGGGUCUCACAGAAAAAGACCUUGUCCUUCUCAGUGCUGCACAUACAAUUGGAACUACAGCAUGCUUCUUUAUGACAAAAAGACUAUACAACUUUUUCCCAAUUGGUGGAGGAUCAGAUCCAGCUAUUAGUCCAAAUUUCCUUCCAGAAUUGAAAGCAAGGUGCCCUCAAGGUGGAGAUGUUAAUGUCAGAUUAGCCAUUGAUGAAGGGAGUGAUAAAAAAUUUGACAAGCACAUAUUGCAAAACGUAAGGGAAGGUUUUGCUGUGUUAGAAUCUGAUGCAAGGCUUAAUGAUGAUAUAGUAACAAAGAGUGUAAUUGAUUCCUACUUUGGUCCACUUAAUCCAAUAUUUGGACCUUCUUUUGAAGCUGAUUUUGUUCAGUCUAUUGUAAAAAUGGGCCAAAUUGGUGUCAAGACAGGUUCUAAUGGAGCCAUUAGACGUGUGUGCUCAUCAUUCAAUUGAAAAAAAAAAUGAAGUGAAUACAUAAAAUUGUUCACAAAAAAAUCUUAUUAAUGGAUAGUAUAAUCAGUAUAUAUGUAAUUGACAGUCACAUAUUAAUUGUGAGGUAUUUUUACUGAUA